AUUAAAAGUCUGUUUUUUUUUUUUUAGGUUUUCAAAUCUGAAGGACAUUUCUUACCUCUCAAACUGGUCAGUGGCCAUUAUGCUUACAGCAUGGAGGCGGCCUGUCCAAACAUGAACAAUUCGUCAUCUGAAGACACUGUGCUGCAUGUCUAUAAACAGCGUGUGGGCUUGACCAAAAAAGGUGGAUAUCAAAAUGAAACCCUGUCAGUAAGCUCUGUUAUUGUGGAACAGACUGACAAUUUCAAGUGGUCAGAGACAAAUGACUUUGUGCAGCUUAUCAUUCCCACAUCCCAUAUUCAACAGAAAAAGGAGUGCAUCGAUCAGUCAGGUGAAAAACUUCAGCAAAAUUUCUACAAGAUAGAUGCUAUUCUCACAUUUAAAAAGACAAAUCAGAAAAUGCACUGGACCAUGGAAAAAUCCCUUUGUUCAGAUAUGUUAAAAUCAAACCUCCAUUUAUUACACAGUGACACACAAGAAGCUAAUGUGACAACACUUUCACCCGAGGGGAUAACAGACAAGCUAGAAGUUCCUGAUUAUUACAACAAAGAGUUUACCCCUCCUGUGCAACCAGAGAUGUCUACAGCAUCACAGACAGCAGAUGAAGAAUCCAGUAUAACCUCAGUACAAAUCCAACAACUCCAAACAUCUGAUGCACUUAGUACACCAUCAACGGAGAUAGUAACAAACUGUUUACAGCUACACUUUAUGGCCUAAAGCACAACAAAGAUCUCUCGAGAAGUUCAUCUGUGCAUCAUUGACUGUGAGGGGCUGCAGUGCAGAACGGAUGGAUAUGCAGGUACCAACCGCACACAAGUCAGUGAUUUUCCAAACAACACUAUUACUGUUGGUAGUCCAUUAAUCACAACACUUGUAAUCACAGUUUGAAAUACAGCUACACAUUUAAGCACCAUUUUCACUCAGACUGGGAUUUACAACACAACAGUCAAGUGGACCCAUGCAUCUUCUCCACUGACAAGCAAUCACAUGUGGGGAAUGAUUACAUCUAAGACUGUGUUUGUCGUGCCAUUUAAAUACAAGCUACUGUCUCAGAACUCCCUCAGCUGUGUGUGUCACGUCACAGGAAUAAAUGUGGUGUCUAGAAUUAAAAAAAUUGGUGCUAAUUCUCAGGUUGCGCAGUAACUAUCCCUGUCACUUCACUGAAAGACAGAAAGUGCCUGGCAGUUUAGCAGAUGAAGCAGUAUUCUUGGCUCUCUACUUUAUUUCCUUAAGCAUAAUGUAAUAUUGUAGUGCCUUUAGUACAAUUUCUUUCAUCUUUUGCAAUGUAUGAUUGUUUAGAUUUUUUUUUCAGAGUGGUAAAGAUGGUUUAUUUACUAAGCAGCUCUCUCCUAACAGAGAUACUCUAUUCUAAUUGGUCAGUCACAACAUUCAUAU